UUCGGUUUUCGCUUUUUAACUUUUUGGCUUCGUUUUAGGCCUGUGUAUACAUAAGCAAUUAGAUGAUGUGCGUGCGUUCAAUAUUGGCGAAAACCUGUUCCUAGACAUCCUGCCCAAGGACGGCAGCCGUUACAAACAAUUCUCAGCAUUACACCGAUGAGGCCUACUUGAUACUAAAAACAUAUAUUCAAAACGAUUAUUCUAGUGCAAAUGUGUUAAUAAAAUAAUAGAGAAUACCUUCCUACACUGAGAUAAACAUUGAAAUCUCCAAAAUGGACUCUAAUCUCAAGAAUCAAACCUCUAAUGAGAACCCCCGCGGCUCUGUGUCCUCCAUUAAAUCGCUGGAGGUGCCGCCCACACCAACGCGAUCACCCAAGAAGGUUUCAUUCUCGGAUGACCUGCCUUUCAGUGAAACACCCGCCGCGACGCAAACCAGCACCACCACCACAACCGGUGCAGGUAAUGACAGUAGCGAGGCCCACAAUCACAACAACAGUGAAUUAACAGCGCCCAGCUCUGUUACCGAGGAGGAGCUAACCGCCGUAAAUCACGUGCUGCUGCAGGCGGCACAAUAUCUGGAGCAAUUGCACGGCGCUCGAGAUCGCCAUCCAGAGUCAUAUAGCCCACCUCCAACGAGCCACAAUGAGAUCAGCACAAGCAGCAAGCAAAUAAAUCUUCGGCAGCCACCACAGAAAGUGAAGCGCCUCGACAGAGCUGCUGGCGGCGUUGGUGCAGUGCCAAAUGUGAGAGCGCAAGAAAUAGAUAUCAGCGAUGAAUUUGAUAAGGUGCAAGUGCAUAAAUUACCUAAUAUCAACGCAACUGCUACAACAACAGUAGCAGCUAACAUUGUUAGCGUAUCACCUGCUGUGCUUGAAUUGGACAACAACAUUGAACAAGCGACAACAACGAUAGCACAGCAACAACAACUGCACAACCCACUAAGCAAAACACAAUCAAUAGUGUCUGCAAAUGCAGACCCGUCCUCCGCGUCAGCGACAAGGAAAACAUUUACCACCUCCCUCAGCAACGUGCAGCUGGCGGAACCAACUACCUCGGCACAAUUGGAAGAGAUAAGCGAAGAGCAAUCUCACGUGGCCCGAUACAUUGACCGCUACAACCUCAAUUUAGAUAAGAACUCCAGCGCGAUGGAAGUGGAGGCGAGACGUGAAAAACUACGCUGGCUACUCAUAUCCGAGUGCAGCGCACUGCUCGCCGAGGGCAAGCACACUCGCGAGGCAUUCCGGAAAUUGGUGCUGGAAAAGGAAUUCCAACAAAAGUUUUUCCAUCUCUUCGAUCUCGAAGGCAACGGUUAUUUGGUGCAGGAUCGUUGGAUUGAACAUUUGAAAGGUCGUCUAACUCCUUUGGACUCAACAUACGCAGAUUCUUGUGAUGAUAGACAAAUGGAUUUCGCCGAACAACUCGAGUCUGUGGCAUAUGUGAUUUGUGGCGAAAAUAGUAAGAUCACACCGAAAAACUUUACAGAAAUUUGGCAAGCGCGUGGUAUUCUGGAUAAAUUAUACCGUCUGAUCGAUGUCGAUGGCACGAAUCUGAUAUCCACAAAUCAAAUAAUGGAAUUCAUUUCACACCUGACCAAUUCACGGCCACGCACCGGUUUUGAUAAGAGCUCCCUGGUGCGUCUGGAGCAACUAUUUCGCAGCACUGUAGGCAAUGAACGGGAGAUUCGACGCGAAGAAUUCCAGAAGAUAGUCACAUCGAAAAACCCAUUCUUUACCGAUCGUGUCUUUCAAAUUUUCGACAAGGAUAACUCCGGUUCGAUAUCAUUGCAAGAGUUCAUUGAUGCUAUACAUCAAUUCUCCGGCCAGUCAGCGGAUGAUAAAAUACGUUUCCUAUUCAAAGUAUACGAUAUCGAUGGUGACGGGCUGAUACAGCAUAAAGAAUUGCAUGAUGUGAUACGCGCCUGCAUGGAUGAAAAUGGUAUGGAAUUCUCCGAAGAACAAAUUGAAGAUCUGACAACGGCUAUGUUUGAAGAUGCGGAUCCAUAUAAUCGUGGUGAAAUCACUUAUGAAGCUUUAAAAAAUCAAAUAUGCAAACAUGGUGGAUUAUUAGAGAAUCUCAGUAUAACCAUAGAUCGUUGGCUUGUGCCCAUGACGCAGGAGAAUCCGAAACCAAAGUCGAAAUGCCCGCGCUUGCGCUGUGGCAAGCCACAUCAACUCACUUUGGCCUACAUGAAAAACAAUCAAGCUUUCGUUUCGUAUCUCUACAUCUACAUUGCCAUAAAUGUAUGCCUCUUCAUCUCACGAGCCAUUCAAUAUCGAGCGAGCAAUGGUUUUGUGAUAAUUGCGCGUGCUUGUGGACAAUGUUUGAAUUUCAAUUGCGCCUGGAUAUUAGUGCUCAUGUUGCGACAUUCACUCACAUAUCUGCGUUCACAGGGUCUUUCGUCGUACUUACCACUGGAUAACCACAUCUAUCUCCACAAACUUACGGGCAUUGUCGUGUCAAUCCUCAGUCUGCUUCACACCAUCGCACAUCUUUUUAAUUUCUCUAUAAUUGUGGUGAACGAUCCGAAAAUCAAUGCUGGUCACUACACUAUUGGCGAAUGGCUGCUAACCGAUCGUCCAGGGCUGUUCGGUCUCAUUCCGGGCUGUGCCAACCCCACCGGUUUAGCUCUGCUAAUCAUUCUAUUUAUAAUGUUCAUUUGCUCGCAGCCAUUCGUACGCCGCAAGGGUUCCUUCGAAGUCUUCUAUUGGACUCAUCUGCUUUAUAUACCAUUUUGGAUUCUGCUACUGUUUCAUGGUCCAAAUUUCUGGAAAUGGUUCUUGGUGCCAGGGCUGGUGUACUUUGUGGAGCGUAUAUUGCGAUUUGUCUGGAUGAAAAGUGAACAUGGUAAAACCUACAUCAGUUCCGGUUUACUUUUACCAUCCAAAGUCAUACAUUUGGUAAUCAAACGUCCAUUCAACUUCAAUUUCCGUCCUGGUGAUUAUGUCUUUGUUAAUAUACCGGCUAUUGCCAACUAUGAAUGGCAUCCCUUCACAAUUAGUUCAGCACCGGAACAAGAGGAUUACAUGUGGCUGCACAUACGCACUGUAGGCGAGUGGACCAAUCGUUUGUACCAGUAUUUCGAGAAGGAGCAGCAGAAACUGCAAAAUGGCGAAAUAAUACAGCAUCGACAUGCGAUACCCACCGACCUUGUGCGUAUUACCAACAAAACCGAAACAAAAACAUCCGCAACGCCGCAAAUCGAUUUCCUUGCACAAAAUCUAGCACGUUUACAUGGUAAACCCGGUGCGAAUGAUUCUGUAUUAGUACCUAGUAAAGACAAAAGUCCAAUGCAAAAUGUUCCACUCAAACCCGCGCGACACACACAGCAACCUUCGAAAUUGGCCAUUGAAAACACCAAUGCACGUAUGGAGAACGACGGUGGGCCAACAAAACACGCAGAUCGUAUACGCAGUAUUAAGAAAACACUACAACGUACCUUCUCACGCAAAGAUGUGCCUGCGAAGAAUGAGACGGAUGGCCACUGGAAUGAAGGUUUUGUAGGCGAUCAAGUGGACUCAGCACAAAAGCCACUGGACAAACGUUUACAGAAGUUACACUCACGUAAACCACAGCUCGAAAAGAGUCUCUCGCUACCAGAUAUAGCCGUCAAGUCUAAAAAGAAGGAACGGCUCAAAGCUUUACGAGCGCUCGGUCGUUCGGAAUCGGAAAGGUCUUUCGACGAAUCACGUGUCCGACGUGCGCGACUCCAGAGCGGAGGUUUAGCCUAUUUGAGUCCACAAAAUAAGUCGCUUGCACAGAGUUUUCGUUACAUGCGCAAUAAGCCGACAAUAAUUGCCUUUAGAACACCGAGUCUAGAAGAAUCCGAGCCAGAUUUUACAACAACACAAAGAGGCAGCCAGGAUACAUACAGAGAACUCGAAGAAGGAAAAGGAAAUGGAGUAGACAAGACCACCGGCACGGUAAUUGAGGUCUCCGAAGCCACCGUUUCCAAGCCGUUGGAAGAUCCAACAUCGCGAACUAAAGUUGGUCGUUUCCGCAGACCGACCUUCUUGCGUUCCCUCUCGACAUCCAUCAAAAAUCACGGUAGCAAUGGCAGCCUACCACCACAGGGCCACCAUAACUCUGGUAGCAAGGUUACAUUAGACGCUGGCGUAUUAGAGAUCUUCAUCGAUGGACCGUAUGGUGCGCCGUCGAGUCAUAUAUUUGGUGCUCAACAUGCUGUGCUCAUCGGCACUGGUAUCGGUGUCACGCCGUUCGCAUCUAUUUUGCAAUCCAUAAUGCAUCGUUACUGGAAGGCUCGACACACCUGUCCACGUUGUCACUAUGAGUGGGCUAGUGACAUACCGAAAACGGUGAUGAAUCUGCGUAAAGUGGACUUCUUUUGGAUCAACCGCGAUCAGCGCUCAUUCGAGUGGUUUGUUAAUCUAUUAUCACAGCUGGAAAUCGAACAGGCAGAGUUGGGCGGGCCAAUGGAGAGAUUCCUCGAUAUGCACAUGUAUAUAACUAGUGCACUUCAGCGCACCGAUAUGAAGGCAGUUGGACUCCAGCUGGCUUUAGAUUUACUACAUGAAAAGGGCAAGCGGGAUCUCAUUACUGGUCUGAAGACACGCACAAAUGCCGGUCGUCCGAACUGGGAUAAAGUCUUUAAACAGCUGCAGGCGCAGAAGAAGGGCAAGGUGACGGUAUUCUACUGUGGUCCACCGCAACUUGGCAAAACACUACGCUAUAAAUGCGAUCAGUAUGGCUUUGCAUUCCGCAAAGAAUGUUUUUAAUUUAUAUGGAAAAUAUUUUAUUUUUUUAUAUUGUAUUAUUGUUUUUGUUUUUUUAUUAUUA